CGGAUUACAUCAGUGUGUGUGUGUAUAGAUGGCAAGUACAGACAACUCUCCCGACGCACUUUCCUAAGUCUCUCUUUGCCGUUUCUUCUUCUUCUUCUUCAUCACUUUCCCUUUUUUUUUCUUCCCUCCCUAAUUUCCCUGAUUCAAUCUCUCCAAAAAUCCCCCAAAUCACUGAUCCAUAAACCCUAAUUUCACUCCUCAAUUGCCUCCCCUUUAAUACUCUCCUUCCAGAUUCCUCCGCAUUUUCUCUGUCCAGCUCACUUCCAGUAUUUUCCACCCAGGUCAAACCAGUCCUCUUUUGGUACUCACCCACCCAUCCAAACCAGCUAUGCCUUACUGUUGUUGUUGUUUUACACUAUUAAUAUCCACCUUCGCUGUCAUAACUCGCUGCCGUUUGAGGGUUUGUUUCAUCUUCUGAGCCCAAUUCGUUGACUUAUUUCGUAAGGGUUUUUUUUUUUUUUUUUUUUUUUGGUUUUGCUGGAAUUGAAGUUUGUGAAAAUAAUUUAAUCGGUGCGAAUGGCGAGUGCUUAUAAAGAGGCUGCGUCGGUGCCGGAGCAGUUUCCAGUUGGGUUGAAAGUGUUGGUUGUGGAUGACGAUGUCCUCUGUUUGAGGAUUCUUGAGCAAAUGCUUCGGAAAUGCAUGUACUCCGUUACAACUUGUUCUCAAGCUACUGUUGCCCUGAAUCUCUUAAGAGAAAGGAAAGGCUUCUUUGAUAUCGUACUGAGUGAUGUCCAUAUGCCUGAUAUGGAUGGGUUCAAACUUCUUGAGCUUGUUGGGUUGGAAAUGGACCUUCCCGUUAUAAGUAAGUAAUGUUACUUCUGGCAAUUAUUUUGGUCAGGUACUAUAAACAACUUUUUUAUGAUUUAUAUUUCCUUCUUAUUAGUGAUGUCUGGAGAUGACAGAACCAGCCUUGUCUUGAAAGGAAUUAAGCAUGGUGCGUGUGAUUAUUUAAUUAAGCCUAUACGUACAGAAGAGUUAAAAAAUAUAUGGCAGCAUAUAGUGAGAAAAAGGUGUACUGUGAGCAAAGAACAUGAGCUGUCUGGUAGCCUGGAAGAUAAUGAUCAACAGAAGCAGGGAAAUGAUGAGUCUGAAUAUGCUUCUUGUGUUAACGAAGGAUCUGAUGGUAUGUUAAGAACGCUGAAGAAAAGGAAAGAUAGCAAAGAUGAAGAGGAUACUGAACUAGAGAAUGAUGACCCUAGUACCUCAAAGAAGCCACGUGUAGUCUGGUCAGUGGAGCUUCAUCAACAAUUUGUCACUGCCGUGAACCAGCUCGGAAUUGAUAAGGCUGUGCCAAAAAGGAUUCUUGAACUAAUGAAUGUGCCUGGUCUAACAAGAGAAAAUGUGGCAAGCCAUUUGCAGAAAUUCAGACUGUAUUUGAAAAGGUUAAGUGGAGUAUCCCAAACGCAUGGUGGCCUUCCAGGUUCAUAUUGUGCACCUCUUGAGCCAAAUCCUAAAAUGGGUACUUUGGGAAGGUUUGAUAUUCAAGCUUUGGCAGCGUCUGGCCAAGUUCCACCUCAAACUUUGGCAGCACUGCAUGCUGAACUUUUUAAUCGACCAACGGGUACUGUAGUCUUUCCAGCAAUGGAUCAGUCAGCUCUACUACAAGCAUCCAUGCCAGUAUCCAAGGGCACAACUAUUGAUCAGAAUGUUGCUUAUGGCCAGCCACUGAUGAAAUGCACGUCCAAUGUCCUAAAACAUUUUCCUCAGAAUUUUACUUCUGCUGAUAGUGUUCAUUCUGGACUUGGAACCUGGUCAGCAAAAAGUCCCGUAAAAAUAUCUGCUUCUGACAAUCUUAAUGGUUUGGGUGGCCAAAAUGGAAGUGGGAUGAUGAAUGUUAUGCACCAACAAACACAGCAGAUUAGGCGGCCGCAUGAACAGCAACAGAAACAAUCAACUAUUCCAGAGACUAGUCGGACAAUAAAUGUACAACCUUCUUGCCUAGUUGUUCCUUCCCCCUCAUCUGCUAAUUUUCAAGCAGGAAAUAGCCUUGUUUCGGCAAAUCAAAGUCGCAGUUUGAGUGGAAGUUCAGAUAUAGAUUAUAGCUUGCUUUUGCAUCAAUCACAUAAUCCUCCACUGGGUACUGGAAGAUCUCAGGACACAGAACUUAAGCACGCUUCUGUUAUCGGGGGGUUAUCAUGUGACUCUUAUAGUUCUACUUCUGGGCAUUUGCAAGGCCAGGGAAUGCCCAAGAACACUGCAUUUUUUGGUAGAGCGACGCCAAUUCCCAGCCAUCUAUAUGUGGAUGAAACAGGGACGGCAAUAGCCAAUGGGAAUCAAGAUAAGAUGUAUGGAGAGAUUACAGGAAAUAGAAUAAAGCAGGAGCCAAGCAUGAACUUUUCUGAAAAUGCUAGAGGGGGGAUUCCGAUGUUACAACGUAUUUCUCCUAAUGAUCUUAUGAGUGUUUUCCAUGAAUAGAUCGGCUCUGUGCUGAAGGAAAGUAGGUGUGGUUGCAUCUGGCAGACAAUUAUAAAGCUAGCUUACUAAAACCAUUCAUGUGAGCAAAUGUCCAGAAAUUACCACUUGACUCAGCACAGGAGCAGAAUUAGAUUGCUUGUAAAAAGAUUUGUGUAGAAAACAGGUAAUCCAUUUAGCUCUUUGGACCCAUCGCAGAAUCGUCAUGUUAGGUCAGUUUUUAGACACAAUCUCCACACUCCAUGGCCUAAUAGUUAUGAGCUUUAUUUUUUAGUUUAAGAAUAAGUUCAGUCAAGGUAUGAAUUAUUUCUAAAGUAUUCAUCGGCACUGAGCCGGCAUAAUCGUUGUAGUUAAUGGGAAAGUGCAUUGGAGAUUUCAGUCCUCCUUAUUGGUUGUGUAUAUAUUGUAUCUAGUUUAGUCAAAACUAUACAAUUUUCGGACGUGAUUGUUGCAUUCUCACGCAUGGGACUCAGAUUGUAAUACCGAAUGCAUAACUCUAUGAUUUUUCACGGUCAGCCAAAAUUGCUUGCUGUGGAAUUGGAAAUCGAUUCUCUGUGGCUUGUUAGAAAUCAACUCAUUCCGAUAUCGUUUGUAUCUUUCCUUUGUUUUGUUUCCAUUGCUACAUUGAGGAACUCCUUGAUGAUUUCUGGUUUUACAUAAAUACCUUGUGUGAGAUGAGUUUAUUGGGUUCAAUGUAUGACGAUCUCGUCACUGUUAGAGCCUUGGAGGAAGUUCUAGUCCAUGUUUUGGCUUUUGGUCUCUCCACUCUAUACAGACCAAUGCUUUUAUUGCUUUUUUAGGAGGGAGUUGCUAUGGCAAACACAUCAAUAUACAAAACUCAAUGUGAUAAAGGUAUACAAAACUCAAAUGUUAUGAAAUAACGCAAAUUUGGUGACAAUUCUGGAUUU